AUGACUUGUUCAAUAGUAACCUCAAGCCUAAAGCCAUUAGCUAUGGCAGCUUCUUCAUCCUCGACCCUUUUUUGUCUUCCUUUCAUCUUCAACAUCACUUCCUCUAAACCUCUCCGCUCCAGUUGUUCCUCCUUCUCUACACGACCCAUUAAUCUCCCUCUCUCUCUCAAAUCCAGAACUUACCGUAAUUUAUCUCCAGUUGUUACUUUUGUUUCCCAGACAUCGGAUUGGGCAGAGGAAGAAGGUGUGGAGGGGAGCAUCGGAGGAGGUGCUUCCGUCGCCGUCGAGGAUAACGAGGAGAGCUUGGAGCCGGAAGCCAAGUUGUGGGAUGGCGAAGAAGACACGAGUGGAACCGAAGAAGACGGUGCCGAAUUCCCAGACCCACCGGAAGAGGCUAAAUUGUUCGUCGGGAACUUGCCGUACGACGUUGAUAGCCAAGCCUUGGCUAUGCUCUUUGAGCAAGCCGGAACAGUCGAGAUUUCAGAGGUUAUAUACAAUAGGGACACUGACCAAAGUCGUGGAUUCGGGUUUGUAACAAUGAGUACCGUUGAGGAAGCAGAGAAAGCUGUGGAAAAGUUUAACCGCUAUGAAGUGAAUGGGAGGCUUUUGACAGUAAACAGAGCAGCUCCUAGAGGGUCAAGGCCGGAACGCCAACCUCGUUUAUAUGAAGCUGCGUUUAGGAUCUAUGUUGGGAAUCUGCCAUGGGAUGUGGACAAUGGCCGUCUAGAACAAGUGUUCAGUGAGCACGGGAAAGUAGAUGAAGCUCGAGUGGUUUACGACAGAGAGACAGGUCGUUCGCGUGGGUUUGGGUUUGUUACAAUGUCAAACGAGGCUGAAGUUAAUGCCGCCAUUGCUGCUCUUGAUGGGCAGAAUUUGGAAGGAAGAGCAAUUAGAGUGAACAUAGCUGAGGAACGACCAAGGCGUGGAUUUUGA